AUGACUGCUCAGGGGUCCGAUUAUCUUGAAUAUGAUUACGUUGGUGCACCGUGGAAUCUCUCAAAUCCACGUGCUGUUGGUAAUGGUGGCUUCUCAUUACGUAGUCGAUCAAAAACUCUUGAAGUUUUAGAAAUCAGAGAAUAUGCUGGGCGCGGGAAUGAAGAUGAAUGGUAUUCAGUUUAUUUACACGAUGUUAACGCUAAGUUUGCUCCAUCAAGUGUAGCGAGGACAUUUGCGGUUGAAACACAAUAUUAUCGUCAGCCAAUGGCUAUACAUAAACCGAUUUAUUUAAAACCACUUCAAACGAAGCAGUUGUGUACGAUGUGUCCAGAAGCAAAGCACAUUCUAAAGGAUUGUCCAUGA